AGCAUGGCGGCGGGGGCGGCCGAGGCGGCGGCGGCCGUGGUGGAGGUCGGCUCUGCCCAGCAGAUGGAGGAGCUGCUGCGCCUCCGAGCCAAGUCCCUCCUCGUGGUCCACUUCUGGGCGCCGUGGGCUCCUCAGUGUGCGCAGAUGAACGAGGUCAUGGCGGAGCUGGCCAAGGAACACCGGCACAUUUCAUUUGUGAAGCUGGAAGCUGAGGCUGUUCCUGAAGUAUCUGAGAAAUACGACAUCACGUCAGUCCCCACCUUCCUGUUCUUCAAGAAUUCUCAGAAAAUCGACCGAUUAGAUGGUGCCCAUGCCCCCGAGUUGACCAAGAAAGUCCAGCGACACGCGGCGAGUGGCUCCUUCCCUCCCGCCGCGAGUGAGCACCCCAAGGAAGACCUCAGUGUCCGCCUGAAGCAGUUAACCCACGCCGCCCCCUGCAUGCUGUUCAUGAAGGGGACCCCUCAAGAGCCCCGUUGUGGGUUCAGCAAGCAGAUGGUGGAGAUCCUGCAGAGACACAACAUUCAGUUCAGCAGCUUCGACAUCUUCUCGGACGAGGAAGUGCGGCAGGGCCUCAAGACCUUCUCCAACUGGCCCACGUACCCCCAGCUCUACGUGUCCGGAGAGCUCAUAGGUGGACUCGACAUAGUUAAGGAACUGGAAGCUUCAAAUGAAUUAGAUACGAUUUGCCCAAAAGCUCCCAAGUUAGAGGAAAGGCUCAAAGUGCUGACAAAUAAAGCCACCGUGAUGCUCUUUAUGAAAGGAAACAAGCAGGAAGCAAAGUGUGGAUUCAGCAAACAAAUUCUGGAAAUCCUGAAUACUACUGGUAUUGACUACGAGACCUUUGACAUCCUGGAGGACGACGAGGUGCGGCAAGGGUUGAAAGCCUACUCCAACUGGCCGACGUACCCGCAGCUCUACGUGAAGGGGGAGCUGAUCGGGGGUCUGGACAUCGUUAAGGAACUGAAAGAAAAUGGUGAAUUACUGCCAAUACUAAGAGGAGAAAAUUGAUGCAUGGAGUUGGUGCCCACUAGUGCCAGGAGUAGUUAAUUCCAGGGGCAGUUCACGGUAGUCCUCGGACGUGGACUAGGAGGAACGUGCAUCUUUCCCUGCGACGCUUUGUGUAUUCACAGGGCCCUGCUAA